AUGGAGAAAUUAUUCAGGAACCAAAAGUUGAAUGUUAGUGUGAGAACCGUUAAGAGUGGUGAGGAGAUACUGUUCUAUGCAAAGGAUGUGGCAGAAUCCCUAGGGUACUCAAAUAUGAAGAAAGCUAUUCAAACCCAUGUAUGGAAGUCAAACAAGACAACACUCGGAGAACUUGGGGUGGGACCCAAAUUCUGUUUUCCUAAGAGAACCUGGUUUGUACCAACUAAUAUUCAACUCAACGCUCCCAAUAGCAGAGGCCUUUCAGGACUGGGUAUUCAGUGAGGUGCUUCCAUCGAUCUGUAAAACAGGUUCAUACAAGUUACCGGAAUCUGAGCCACUCUAUUGUAAUCAGAUGAAGCUAAUUAAUGAAACGGACCUUCAUUAUGCUGUUGUAGAAUAUCUUAAAGAGUACCACCCAAAAGCCCUAAUCCUACCGGGACUAGGAGAGUACCAGGAUACAUCACAAAAGAGAUGCGACGCUUGGAGGAAGGGAUAUAUGGGUGGACAACCGGACCUUAUGAUAAUAACUCCAAGUAAUGGUUUCCAUGGAUUCGCAAUAGAGCUCAAGACUCCUAAGGGCACAGGUGAAGUUAGGGACAACCAAGUGUCAUGGCUAAAGGCGCUAAAUGAAAAUGGAUACCAGACAUUAAUAUCAAAUGAUUACACAGAAAUAGUGCUGGAUAUAGAGGAGUACUUUAGGGUCGACAAGACAAAGAAACUUCUAAAGGAAAUAAAGAAUCUUAAGAUAAAGUGCAAGACUCUAAAGGCUAGUAAGUGUAAGGAAGUUGUAAUUCGACAAAUUGGUUACACAGUAGGUAAGUACUAG